AUGGAAGCAGACGCCGAAACUGUCUUUAACUACCUGGGAAAGCGCUACGAGGACGCAUUUCUCGACAGCCCUAAACUGUGUCAGGUUGUACGCCGUACAAUAAGCGCUCUUGAACCUCAUAGUCGCGUCCUGGACGUCGGCUGCGGCACAGGCAAGCCGGUCGCCGACAUAGUAGCGAGCGCCGGUCAUGAGGUGUACGGUAUCGACAUCUCUGAGACUAUGGUGAAUAUCGCUCAUUCGCAAGUGCGCGGAACAUUCCAGAAGGCGGACAUGAGACAGUACACGCCACCCUGUGCAAUGGAUGCCGUCUUUGCAGUGUACUCGCUGUUCCAGAUCUCCCCGAGCGAUACACAUUCCAUGGUCUUCAAGUUCGCCGAGUGGCUACGGGAAGGAGGUCUGUUGGUCCUCGGUGUCACGCCUAGUACGAGCCUCAGGUCGGACCAGGGCACCUUUGAUCCCGUCUGGGGCUGCAUUCGCGAGGUAAUCAAACCGUGGAUGACAUGGGUGACCAAGGAGACCUUUCUUUCGGAACAAGGCUGGUUGGAUCUGUUGCGACAGGCUGGGUUCAGCAUUGAAGCCGAGCGACUGUUCCAGUUUCUGCCAAAUGAUGCGGAGCAUAAGACUGCUGAGGCACACUACCUUCUUGUUGCGAGGAAGACAACAUCAACUCCCUUGCUUGGUCCAUAUCCUCUCCCGCAAGAGCAUGCAGUGCUCCCUUUGCUGCAUGAAAAGACAUGGGCGUCACUGCAACGCCAACUUGUCAUUGAGGGCGGACAGACCCCGGUACUUGGUCAUAUGGCUGGGGCCCAGAGUCUCCUCGAGUUGGGCUGUGGACUAAGCUCAUUUAUGAAGGCGUCCGAGAUGUCAUUUGAUGGAGCCACCCAGUCCCUUCCAGCUCUGCUCGAAAGGUUGCCUUUCGCAGACGGUCAAUUCAACGCCACAUUCUCAACAUUCGCCCUUGAUUCCGUCCCGAAUCUCCGGUCUGCACUAUCAGAGCUCGCUCGCAUCACGGAUCCAUCCUCCCCAGCCGCUAGCAUUACCAUCGUGCAAGGGGCCCCAGACAAUGAGGUGAUCAGACUGCUGAACUCCGUCUGCCUCCCUCGGAGCACACAAACCCCGCAGCCAAGUCACCAGGGGUACUUACUGCACUAUGCAAAGAAAGUAUUAUCCAUGGAAGGGUUCGGGAACAUUUCUCUUCACAGAGUGAGAAGCAAGUAUGUCUUCGCGGAACAUGAUACUGUCAAUCAUGUAGCAGACUUGGUGGCCGGGUCUAGAUAUCGCGAAGACAACAAGCUCGAGGAAAUGAAGAAGGCUCUGGCACCGCAUUUACUGAACCUGUUCAGUGAGCACCCGGAUACACUUCGCAACGAUUUGGUAAUGCUUAUUGCCAGACCGACGCCGAACUAG